AUGGGUCGCGUUAUUAUUCGGGAAGGUCAUCGAGCUGAAAAGUUUUAUCUGAUUAUCGAUGGAAUCACUGAUGUGUAUCAAUUAUGGGAGAGUCCAAUAACGAACACAAUCAGUUCAAGAUUGGUGGCCGUACUCAAAAAAGGAAGCUCUUUUGGGGAGAUUGCUCUGUUAAAUUCCAAGAGGCGAACUGCAACGGUGACUUGUCAAACUGACGUGACGAUGCUUGCCAUCGAACAAGAAGAUUUUGUCAAAAUUUUUAUGUCGAACAAAGAACGGACUGAACCUGACUUUAUAACAUUUCUACGACAGAUACCGGAAUUUCGUGGCUUUCCUUUUGAAAAAAUUCCGCCCAAUGAUCCCUACUUUUGUCAUGUUGUUUACUAUCGUAUGGGCACAGUGAUGUGUAAAGAUUCGAAUAAAGACGAAUGGAUUUACGUCAUACGAACAGGUUGUUGUCGAGUCAUUAAAGCACUGACUCAGGUAACGCCGAAGUUAACAAUAAAAAAGAAACCUGAAGUGAUUUACGAUCAUUUUGGUAUGGUUAUGACCGAUCCUUUUGAUUGA